UACGCAAUAAGCAGUCCUUGAAUGUCCGAUUCGCUGUACGUUGGUAAACCUCAUCUCAUUAGCGCUGGCUCACUUACCCUUCAUUGGCGAUAGAUGUCUACGUUCAUCCAGCGUCUUUAUAUUCAUCCAUUAAAUUCCGUAAACACCGCCUCCUCCGGAGUGACGUCAUGGCCGUAGCCCGCUAUUGGCGCUGUUCGUGUAACUUUUCAAACACGUUCACGCGCUGCAGCUCGAGCUCCAAGUCUCAACGGAAAAAAGUCUGCGUGUGAUUCACCUCCGAGAGUAAAGCGGAUAUUAAGCGUGGCAGAGGGGUUUAAUUCAGCGACACAGACAAGAUAUUUGAAUAAAUAUCAUUUUUGUCGUUUUUGCCUCGAUCUGGGCGCUUUAAAGGAAUUGCUAACGUUGAGAGAUUUUUGGACGGAGUGGUCGGUGAACAGACUACAAGAGAAGUACUUUCAAGGAUUUAAGGCGAACAACAAAAUGUGAAUUUACAGUGGAAAUAUCUACAGAAGCGGACCAACACGGUACCUCAGUCUGGAUGGCAGUGUUGAAUUUUACGCCGGAGCUUGGGUGACCUACAGGCUAAUCUUUUAACGGUUUUUACGGAUGAUGUUGCUAACACAGACAUAAACUCGUCGAUGAACGGUCUAUACGGUAGUGCGUGACUUGGGGCUGUAUAUUGUAACGUUAGAUUCAUCCGUAACUGAACAAGAGACGUUUUUAUCAGCUGUGAGAAAAUGAUCUCGGAAGAAAGAAGCAACCAGUUAAGCAAACAAACCCUCGGUUUUCCCGUCGGAUUAUUGAUCCGCUCACCGAAAAAAAGCCUUGCGAAGUUGGGGAGAAAGCCCAGCAAUGGAUCUCUACAGUCCAGUGCAUCUGAUAUUACCACCCGAUCCAUGGAGAGUACUGGCGUCAGGCAGCCGGCCAAAAGCAAGAUCCGCCGCCACAACAAUAGGUUGGCCACUGUGUUUAACCGGAGUCCUCUCUUACGGGACAGCAGACCGGGCCAGGGGGGCAGACACCUGUCAGGAGACCUGCAGGUAGCUGAUGACCCCUCUGAACUGUCCAGCCAGCUCUCUGCUCCAGGGAUUCUAAAAAUAUUUGGCAGUGACAUCUGCCAAGGGGCCAAUUACAAGAGUGUGCUGGCUACGACCAGGUCCAGUGCGAAGGAGCUGGUUAAAGAGGCCCUGGAGCGAUACUGCCUGGAAAAGGAAGAUCCAGAGGCGUAUGUGCUCUGUGAUGUGAUUGGUCAGACAGGAGUGGACCACCAGUGGAAGACAGAGUGCCUUCGGUUUGUUGGCGACAAUGAGAAGCCCCUUAUGCUUCAGUCACUGUGGAAACCCAAAGAAGGAUUUUCUAGACGCUUCGAGAUUCAGAAGAGAACUAGUGUUGAAGAACAUAGUGGAAAAGACAGAGACACAAUCACUGCAGGCCUCAAUGCCCAGGUCCGAAAACUGCAGAAAGUGCGUUCACGAGUCACCUCCCUUUUUGUGGACGGGAGCGAUGGGGAGAUAGACAGCCUUGGCAUGUGGAGGAGUCUGAGUGACAUGGAUGUCUCUACCAUGGGUAAAGAAGCCUGCAAGGUUCAUAAAGCAGGGGCACUGCAGGAGGACCCAGAGGCUGAGGCUGAUGCAGAGGGCCGCUGUCUCAGCACAGAGAAAGAAGAGACGGAGAGCAGUGACGACAACACAACACAGUACUCCAUCCACCCGCCCUUUGAUUUCCCUUACUUCCUUCUCCUGCAGGGCUACAGCCACAGACAAGACUUUGUGAUCUAUCUAAUGAGUGGGAACAGCUGUGUGUUUGGCUGCUAUGGCGAGCACAGUGAGGAUAUGGAGCGGUUGAAAGUGGAUGUGCUGCUUUAUGCCCCUGAUGUGCUACCCCAGCACUGCUGUGUGCGACGCCUGGAUGCUCCCAACCCCCCUUCAGAGGGCAACAGAAGGACUCUUACCCUACUGCAGCCUCUCCAUGGAGCCCCCAUCACACGCAAUGGUGUUCCAUUAAAGAGUGAGGCUGAGCUUUUCUCAGGGGACCUGGUGGGCCUGGGCCAGCACUACCUCUUCAUGUUCAAGGACCCCACUGCCCCUGAUGCCCAGCAUAUGCCCUCUUGGAUGACCACACUAUGUGCCCCAGCUGAAGCCUCACCCUGUAAAAGCUGUGGUUCCUCUCUAAGAAAGCCCCAAACCCACAGAAAUGUAGCAGCGCGCUGGAGGGACAUGGAGGGCAGAGUGCUCUCACUUUCCUACCAACUGCAGCAAGAAGACCAGGUGCUGGAGAAGAUCCUCACCAUGGUGGACCCAAGAGGAGAGGAGCCCAAACUAAUUCCUGCCUUCUUGCUCUGUUUGUGCAUCCAGCAUUCAGCUGCCAGCUUUGAAAUGGUGCACUUUCGCAAGCUAUUACUGCGAAUUGCCAACCAGAUCCAACUCGCUAUGUGGGAGAGCACAAAAGAGCUUGCAUCGCUUCAGCCAGACUCUGGCUCUGGGGACAGGCAACCAGAGCCAGAGGAGCUGCAUCUGCUGAGUAUGGCUGAACUGAUCCCAGGCCUGCAGCCGUUGGUGCUGUGGAUGGCCAACUCGAUUGAAAUGCUGCACUUCAUCCAGCAUGAGGUGCCCCUGCUUCUGCCCUGGACACAGCAGGAUGAGGAGGAUCAAUGCAAGGAAUUAAGUUCUCAGAUCUUGUCCACACGCACUGCCAGUGAGGAGGCCAUGACUGUCUUGGAGGAAGUCAUCAUGUUUACUUUCCAGCAGACUGUCUAUUACCUCACCAAAAGUUUGUAUGCAGUUCUGCCAGGGCUGCUGGACAGCAACCCUUUCUCUGAGAGUGGACAGCUGCACAUGCCUAUGGGUGUCAGUGACAUCCUGGAUGUUCUGAAGGAGGCACUUCAACUACUUAACACCUUCCAGGUGCACACAGAGAUAUCCUCACAACUCUUGGCGUAUUUGUUCUUCUUCACCAAUGCAUCGCUCUUCAACAUACUCAUGGAAAGAGGUUCUGGAGGAGGGUUCUACCAGUGGUCCAGAGGAGUACAGAUUCGGGCCAACCUGGAUUUACUGAUGGAUUGGACACAGAGCAUUGGACUGGGAGACCUGGCUGCUGAAUUCUUCCAGAAACUCUCAUCAGCAGUCAACCUGCUGGCCACUCCUAAAGAGACCUUACUACAGGCAUCCUGGCCAUCUCUUAGAACUGAAUUCACACAUCUCAAUCCAGCACAGCUUCAUCACAUGCUGAGAGAGUACAACGCAGGCAGGGCCUGCCCCUCCUGCUGGACCCCUUCUCCAGAGGAAGCAGAAUCUGCUCUACUAACCACUGAAAUCCUAGAGAGUUUUGAAAACCAUCCUCCGCUCAUCCUGCCCAACAGUACCUUUCACUUGGAGCUGGGGAAGCCUAUCACAGAACCUGGUUUCUUCUCCCAGCUUCAGUACCUGCAGGAGUUCAUCCACACCAUCUCCAUCAGCCAGAUGCCAAAUAUACUGCAGCCACUGGAGGACACCAGCAAUCAUGUGAUGGAGGAUACACAGUCAAUAUCCUCUCCAUCUGGCACAGAACCAGAGUGCCAUAUCGCCAGUGUAAGCCCUGACCCAACCAUUAAUUUUGCUUACAAAGCAGAAGAACAGCAAUGCUUGUCUGCAUCACCCUCUCAUGACAGGGGGUCUCAUGGUGACCUGAGCUCAUGUGAAGCAGUGUUGGCCCAGAAGCUGAAGAACCUGGAGCUCCAGAGUAGUUUGCCAGGGGAAACAGACAUUGGCUAUCACAAGAGCCUGGCCUUGGACCCCUCCUGCUUGCUCACCCCACCCAACACACCCCAAGGACUUGAGCUGGCUGAGUUAGAGGCAAGCCUGCAGGAGGAGGCAACACAGCAGUCAGCACGGCACCAAAAAAAAGUAGGGAAUGGUCUUGUGGCAGCUGCAGAUCAAAGCGAUGAGAGAAAUGAAGAAGAGGAUGAUGAGGAUGAGCGAGAUGAAGUAUUUACUGUAGAGCUUUCAAAAGGACCACAUGGCCUUGGCUUGGCACUGGUGGAUGGACUGAAAACUCCUUUGAGGAUGAGUGGCAUCUAUGUAAAGUCAGUGGUACCGGACUCCCCUGCUGCCCAGUGCCAGAGGCUCAGGCUGGGUGAUCGCAUCCUUGCUGUAAACGGAGUCAGUCUUGUGGGCAUGGACUACCAUAAUGGUAGGGAGAUCAUCCGGACAUCAGGAGAUUCUCUCAGAUUACUUGUGGCUAAAACCGAAGCAAGGAGCAGUGGCAGGACCUCCAUCACCAGAUGCUAAAGUAGCAGAAGACUGAAAAAGACUGCCUAGUAACCGCUGAGGGAUUCGUGCCAAACCAGCUACCCCAUCCCGUCAUUUUACUUCAUGCUGCUGGGAUGUCCUCAGACAUUGGCACUGUGAUAACUUUUGGUUCUAAACCUAAAGUAAAGAAUGCUCUCACUUUUUUUGAAAGGUUUUUAUUGGAAGUCUGUCCAUUAAAUAGUCAAACCUACCAAAGAUUCUAUAUUAUUAUAUUAAUGUCGGUUUUCUCUGACAGACUGAACAGACUGGUUUCAUACCUCUUGUACACUUGUCUUUACACCGCAGAAGCUCAGUCCCAUUUCUCUUGGACUCAGAUGCGUAUACCAAAUACCAUUUACACCAAUGUUUACUACAGUUUUUAUUUUCAUUCAGAAUUCAUCCUGCUGUCAUCUGCAUAAAAUGCAGUGUGGUUCUGGUUUGUUGCAAAGUAGCUGUGGUUAGGACUCCACAGUCUUUGGCCUGUUUCAGCCUCAGCAUGGUUUGUAUUAGGAAAGAAAGGAGUGGCCUUUUUUAGCCUUUAAAAGCUCAAACCCUAUACUGAAGGCACGCAUGCAAAACCUAUGCACCACAUAUUACAGUAAAUAUCACGAAU